AUGACCUCCACCUCACAUCGACUCCCAAUUGCGAUUGCCGCUACUGUAAUUGUCCUUGGCACGUUCACAUAUCUCUCUGCUCUGCCUGGUCUGCGGAAAGGACCCGGACCCGUCGGUAGAAGGCUUCGCAAGAUCCGUGUUGAAGAACCACUGCCGGAAGGUUUCAAGCGGAUCUUUGUGGAUGGGCUUAACGGCGGGAAGCUUGAACUUCUAACGAACGAGAAAGCCCAAGAUGAAGGAAAAGCACCGCUUUUGAUGGUUCAUGGAGGAAUGGGUAGUGCGCGAUGUUAUGAUCGAUGGGCGGCCUACUUUGCUUCGAAAGGGAGGAACGUGUACAGUCUCUCCCUAAGUGGUCAUGGUCAUUCCUACCGCCCAGAAAACUUCAACUCGAUGACUUGCUUUGACCUAGUCCAUGACAUUGAUUCGGCAGCCAAAUAUAUCGUCUCGGCCCAUCCCGCCUCUCCGGCGCCAGUACUAACUGGACAUUCUGCUGGAGGUGGAGAAUCUCAACUUACUGUCGCGACCUUACCCCCAAACACCUUUUCCGGUGUCAUCUUACUCGCUCCUUUUCCACCUACCGGUGGCCUUUCUGUCUACCGCGAAUGGUUAAGCUUUGAUUGGUUGUUAUUCCCGAGGUUUUUCUGGCAGGGUGCUGAUAAUAUGAGUCCACUCUCCACGCCCGCGUUGCUGAAAAGGGCAUUCUUUUCUGAUACGUAUAAGGAGGAGGACUUGGAUGACUUCUUUAAACAGAUGAGCUCGGAAGAGAGUGCAGGUUGGGCAGAAUCGAUGACGAUGAAAUUUACUGAUUCCGAAAUGGUGAAAGCGAACGUCUUAGACAGAGUGCAUAUCAUCAGCGCUAGUAAUGACCGUUUGAUGACACCUCCUAUCAUGAAGGAACUCGUCAGUUUGUAUGGUUGCUCGACUGAUACCGUUGAGGGCUCUGGUCACCAUAUGAUGUUCGAUGACCGAUGGUACGAAGCAGCGCAAUUUGCUGAGGCCAAACUCCAGGCAUGGAAUUUGUAG